GUGUCUACAUCAAAAGCGAUGGCAGAUUCUGGAACUGAGAAAGUGAUCAAGCUGGUUCCUGAGAACCUUCUCAAGAAACGCAAGAAAUAUCAGGCUAUCAAAGCAACUCAAGCCAAACUUGUAUUACAACAGAAAAGAAAAGUACAAAAGGGAAUUCCUUUGAAGUUUAAGCGCUUGGAGGAGUUCUUAAAAAACAGCAGGAGGAGACAUCGAGAUGAGACACGACACGCAAGGCUCAAACAAAGACCUCCACCGGCCUUGCCACCAGCAAAGCACAGCUUGGUAUUUGCUGUCCGCAUCAGAGAGAUUAAAGGUGUGAACCUUAAAGUGAAAGAUAUUCAGAUGCUGAGGCUGAGGAUGAUCUUCAGUGGCACCUUUGUAAAAGUCAGCAAUACAUCUUUAAAAAUGCUCAAGACUGUGGAGCCUUAUGUUGCAUGGGGGUUUCCCAACUUAAAAUCAGUCCGUGAGCUCAUAUUGAAAAGAGGUCAGGCAAAGAUUGAUAAGAGAAAGGUUCCUCUUACAGACAACACACUAGAGCAGAAUCUAGGAAAAUACGGGAUCAUCUGUUUGGAGGAUGUUAUCCAUGAGAUCUAUUCUGCUGGGAAGAACUUCAGGGUUGUAAACAACUUUCUGUGGCCAUUCCAUUUGUCUGUACCAUGACAUGCUGCUAGAGACAAAGUUGGAUUAAUGAAAGAUGUUGGGGACCCUGGACCCAGAACUGAGGACAUAAACAUAGUCAUCAGAAAACUCAACUGAGUUAAUGGACUCUCAUGGCAGCAACACUGUAGUUGUGUUGCUGCCAUACAAAUAAACAUUACAGAAAUCAUUCUAGUAUUGUGCAGGACUAUGUUAAAGGAAUAGUUCACACAAAAAUGAUAAUUCUCUCAUUUACUCACCCUUAUGUCGUCUCAAACUCGUAUUUCUUUUUUCUUCCGCUGAACGUAAACAAAGAUAUUUUAAUGGACAUAUGAUGAUGUUCUGUAGGUCCAUACAUUGCAAGUGAAUGGUGGCAAUUUUCAAGCUCCAAAAAGGACAUGAUGGCAUCAUAAUAGUAAUCCAUAAAACUCCAGCGGUUUAAUCCAUGUCUUCUGAAGCAAUUCAGUCAAUUUUGUGUGAGAACAUACCAAAAUCUAAAUCAUUUUAUGCCACAUCUUGCUAGGCACGAUCAUGAUUUUAAGCUUGAUUACAUUUCCUAGUGCUUGAUGCAUGUGCAGAUCGCUAUACGGCACUAGGAGGUGUAAUCAAGCUUGAAAUCAUGAUUGCCAAGGUGACUGCUGAUGUCAAGAUUUAUAGUGAAGAAAGAAUAAUACUUUGGGCUGUUCUCACCCAAAACCGAUUGGAUCACUUCAGAAGACAUGAAUGAAACCACUGGAGUCAUAUGGAUUACCUUUAUACAGCCUUAAUGUCCUUUUUGGAUUUCGAAAAUGUGGUCACCAUUCACUUGCAUUGUACUGACAAACAAACAUAUCUCCAUUAAAUUAUCUCAGUUUUUGUUCCGCAGAAGAAAGGCAUACAAGAUUGAGGCACCAUAAGGGUGAGUAAAUGAUGAGCGAAUUAUCAUUUUUCGGUGAACUAUUCCUUUUACGGCAUUCACUCUAUUUAUACUUGGAGUAGUAAUCCCACAAUACUUUAGAUUGCUGUACCCACAAGGAGAGAUCAGAGCUAUCUUGAUAAAUGCAAUUUUAACAAAAUGUUUAGUUAAACGGUGGUGUCCUCUGAAUAAUUCAAUUUGAAAAUACAUACUGCUGUGGAUAUUCCCCAUUUUCCUUGUAAGCAAUCUUUAUAUGCCUGACUUUGUAAAAAGUUUAUUAUGCAUUAUUUUUUAUUAAACAAUGGAAACAUU